ACCAGUCAACUAAAAAGAGGUUGACCCGUCUCUGUAGGAAAAUUACAGAGAGGUCCUUUAACUUUUCGAUUUACCAGACAUGGUACCUGGAUGGUUGACAUAUUCUUCCUCAAACUUGGGAGACUCGGUUCUCCCUCAUCCGACGUCCGAAUUCGAUUUCGUCGACACCGUGACGCUCCUGAGAUCGCCCUCUUCGCAACCAUAUUCAUCUUUUGAAGUUUUGUUGAAGUUUAUUUUUCCAGAAUCCGGCGACACUCCGGCGACGUUCCGGCGAAGCUCCGACGAGGUAUCUACAGACCUCCAAAUUUAAUUUCGUCGAAACUGGGAUGCUCCUGGGAUCGUCCUCUUUGUCAUGGUACCAGCCUUUUGGAGUUUUGUUGAAGUCGACGACGCCGGUGCCGCCGACGCAACUUUUCGACGAGCCUCCCAUGAGCUUCUACGAACCUCCAAUGGCGAUUCUGACUUCGUAUUUGGCUUCCGGACCUCCAUAUUACCCUAACCCAGGCCACAGAAGAGUGGUUUCUUCCUCUUUUCUUUCUUUCUUUCUCACACUCUCUUUGGUUCGCAUAUGAUGGUCUGUAAU